UGCAUUGAAACAUUGAAAUGAAAAUAGGAAAGUGUAAAAUAUUGUAGGAGGACGUUUGAUAGAAACUUGUCUGCAGAAACCUGAUUGAAUUUAUUAAUAAUGUCUAACUACAGUUCUUAAGUUCUAGAAAGUUUGUGUCCCAAGGACAAGCGGGAAAUGACUUCUAAGAAAAGUUAAUCAAUUUUAGAAUGACUACUUCUCAGAGGUCAGUCUAUGUUGGGCUAGAAGAGAAGAUUUCGAAUAACAGUACCUUGGAAAGGUUUUUACACAAAGACAACACCAAGUGAAUUUUCUAAGCAUAGGUCUGAUAGAAAAAAUCUGUUAAAGAAAACUACCAUCGAAAAGUUUUGCACGGAACACAAUGUCUGGAUCUGCAGUUUAUGGUUACAAUAGGGAAGCAGUUCGAGUCAAAGUGAAGAAAUGUGAGAAAAAUGUACCACCCGAGACUCGUAAAUUUAGCGUUGAUCCGCAGAUUACCAGCUUGGAAGUUCUAUACUCUAUUUUGGCAAAAGCAUUCGAUUUGAAGACUGACUUCGGUAUUAGCUGUAAGGCACCGGAUCCAAAUGGUCAAGAAAAUUAUCUAGUCGUUCUCUCCGACUGGGAUUUGGAUGCAGCAUUUUUACGGGCGCAUAAUAUGUCAAUUGCAACAAAGAGUGAACCAUGCCUCUAUUUAAGAGUAGACAUAAAACCAUUUUCAGAAACGAUAGAAUGGGAUGGGUCGGGUAAUGUCGGAGGUAUUUCUCGAGAGUUGGCAUCGCUGCAACAAUCCAUUGGAGCAGGGCAGAAGUAUGUGCAAAACAGACUACCUGGAUUGAUCAUGAACCACAUGGAGAAGACUUUCUCGUUGGUUCAACGAGCUUUAAAUCUAACUGAAGAUCCGCUGAUGACUCAAACGCUUCGGCCGCCACUCUCCGAUGCAGAGUUCCGAACGUUUUGUGAUUCUGUUGGACAAAUAGUUGAGCCAGAGCAACUUCGGAAGGUCAUAUAUUUAGGCGGAAUCGAACCUAGCUUGCGAAGAGUUAUUUGGAAGCAUAUACUCAAUGUGUAUCCCGAUGGGAUGACUGGUAGAGAGCGAAUGGAUUACAUGAAAAAGAAAUCUGGUGAAUAUUUUAAAUUACGUGACGUAUGGCGAACAGCAGUUCAACAGGGUAAUAUCGCAGGCGAACUGGCCUAUGUUACGAGUAUGGUGCGAAAAGACGUUCUUCGCACUGAUCGGUUGCAUCCAUUUUACGCCGGUAGCGAUGAUAAUCAAAACAUUGCGUCACUAUUCAAUGUUCUCACAACUUACGCAUUAAACCAUCCAGCGGUUAGCUAUUGCCAGGGAAUGUCUGACAUUGCCUCACCUUUACUGGUUACUAUGGCGGAUGAAGCACAAGCAUAUAUAUGUUUUUGUGCCGUCAUGACAAGAAUGAGCUGCAAUUUUAUGUUGGAUGGAAUAGCGAUGACUUUAAAGUUCAAUCAUCUUUCCGAAGCACUGCAAUACUACGAUUCCGAUUUCUUUGCCUAUUUAAAAUUGCACCAAGCAGACGAUCUGCUUUUCUGUUAUCGGUGGCUGCUGCUGGAAAUGAAAAGAGAAUUUGCUUUCGAGGACUCAUUGCGAAUGUUGGAAGUUCUUUGGAGCUCGCUUCCAGCUAUGGCACCCAAAGAAGAAUUGGCUCUAUUUGAAAAAGAAUACACGGCUCUUCCUCCAGAAGAUGCGCAACCUAAAAGUCCUUCUAAAGUUAUACUAAGAACACCACGGGAAAAUCCGUACACUAAAGUGUGUGCCCUGAGAAGACAAAGUUCUGCACUUUCAUUAUGUUCCAGUACCAAUCCAAUAAGCAUUCGUGGCGCACCUGCGAAACUAGACGCUACGAAAAGAUUAAAUUUAAGUCUGGACGAAAAUAUUUCACGUGACAAAUUAUACUCCAACAAAGUUAUAAUGAAAGAACAUCAAAGUUUAGACGAAACAAAAAAUGCUUUAGUUAAACAGUGUAGAGUAUUUCGAAGUGUAGGAGAUGAUGACAUCCAAGAAGACAACCACCACGGAAUGGUUGAAGGUGAUACUGCUGACGGAGACGGAGAUAGUGAUAAUGUUUUCCAUUCUCCUCAGCAUGUGGAAACCGGCAAAAAUCCAUUUCUAGAUAGUUCCCCAGAGUCAACUACUCCAUUGGAACCCAUUGAAGUUAGCACACCAUCAGUGAGCUCUAGUUUGACCAACAACGCGGAUACAGUAAAAGAAGAUUCAACAACAAAAGACAAUACCGUACUUGCAAAUGAACCUCAGACGGCAUCAUCACAUACAGUAGUUAUUGAUAGCAAUGUGCGUAAAUCUCCCGUUAGUCGCACUAAGAGUUUGUUUUCCGCUGGAACGGGAAGCUUAAUUGCACGACAACUGACGAGUCAACGAAAUAAUAUCAGCACUACUGGUGGGGGACAUUUUAAAGAUUUGAAGGAUAAACUGGCAGCGAGCAAAAAAGGUAUUUUUGCCUCACGAAAUCAGUCGGAUGUUGAUGCAAAUUCAACACAGCCUGGAGAAGACGGGACGAAGCCUAGAUUAGUAAAAAAUUUCAACGAAUUCCUGAAUUUCGCAGCAAUGAAUCGAAGCCGAAUAAGCGACAGACUGAUCACAAAACGACUAGCAUCAUCGUUGGAUUCGACUGGAAGUAAUACUACACUCACAACGGGUUCCUCAAUUACCAUGGAUGAUGACUCGACUGAAACAAUCGAGUACGACGAACUGAAGCCAAAACCUCUUAUCAAACUUACCAAAUCAUCGUUUGAGGAUUCUGAUUCCUCCAGCAUAGGUGUGGCAGAUUCAACAGCGGCCAUUUCUCGAUCCAGUGAUAAUAGUAGCUUUAUAGUAGACGACAGUUCAGUGUCAGUGUCACCGACACAGCCAUUACAUGGACCAGAUACUGCUCAGAAUGACGAAGAAGAGAAAGGUCAAGGUGGUAGCAGUCCGGAUGACUCUCAAGAAUACUUCCCAAUGACAACUUCAAUGACCCGAGAGCUAAGGCUUGAAUUGGAGAAUCUAGAUCGUCACGUGUUCGGAACCGAUUUUCAUAAUCAACAACGAUUUUACACACUGAGUGGAUGUAUUGAGUUAGACACACCACCAGAAAGUGGAGAAUCGAUUACGAGUUUUGCUCAAACUCCACAAAUCAAUUAUCGAAAAUUGGAUCAAAACGGCUCAAUUGAUGCGAUGGAGAUACAAUCGAUUGAUAAUAUAAGUUAUCUGAAGGAGAUUGAAAAUGCUGAUGUGGUGCGGUACCGACAAAAAUCGAAACAGGUAAAUGAUAUCGAUGCUGACACUAGCAAAAGAAUUAGCACAUCAAGCACUAACGCUGAUGUGUUUGUAUGGGAGAAUCCACUUCAUCAGUGCGAGAGUCCACUAUCUACCGGUGGUGAGCUGUCGCAGGUCAGAGCUCCAACUACGGUCAUAGAACAAACGGCCACUACACCGGACGAGCAUCCAGAAUUGGAAUACGAUGGUGAAAUCAUAGUAGAAACUAUGGGUAAAAAGUCUAUUACACCUAUUCGGUUAGUCCGGCGAGUUGGUGAUCAAUCCAACAGUAAUUCGAAUCGCAAUUCAAUGGUACUCCCAGAUUCAGAUUCAGACGAUUUGCCGGAGCGCUCCCUAGCAGUCAAUUUUAAAUUUCACCCUAACAAUCCAUUCUAUGAUGCAAAUUCUAUCGAUCCGAUUGAACUAACUGACAAUUUGGCACUUGAGCCUUCACUGAACAUUCCAGCGAGCUCCAAUAUGACAUGCUCUAGUAAUUCGUUUGAAGAAGCAACCGAAGCCUCAAAGGUAGAUCUCGUCAUUCAGCAACCCUCUGUUAAUAUAGCAUCAAAUAUUGCCGUUCCUGAAUGUUUGGGUACGUUGAAAGUAGCCGGUGUUCUGCCUCCACCGCACGAAUUUGGAGGUGGAAAUCCGUUUCUUAUGUUCCUAUGUUUAACAAUUUUGCUACAACACCGAGAUUACGUGAUGAAGAGUGGAAUGGAUUAUAACGAAAUGGCGAUGCAUUUCGAUAAGAUGGUGAGAAAACAUAAUGUGGUGCGAGUUCUCAACCAAGCACGGCAAAUGUUUGCCGAGUAUCGAAGGUUGUAUCAUCAGCAGCAGCAACAAAGGAACAGCGCUGGUAGUGCCAGUAUGAGUAGUAGUAUGUAUGGGCGCCUAGGAACUACUUCUGCUACGCACGGGAAUAGUGCAUCACACCCCAGGCGAAAUACCACUAGCGGUGUGAUGUUUACGGCGUAGGUAAGGUAGUGGUUGGUACUAACUGUAAAUGGUAUGGAUGUAAUUCUAGUGGCGCCCUCUCAUAGAAACGAUACGAAGUUUCCGCCGAUCUGUUAGUAUGGUGGGCGAUGGAUUGUACAUAAACAACCACAAAGUUAUGAUCACGAUCACUUGGUUAAAUGCGAUAGCAAAUUUCGCGGUCUAGAGAUUCGUUCCGAGAUGCAUAAUGUCAGCCCUGCUUCUUCCAACGGCCAUUCCCCAUGAUCGUGUAGGACAUCCAAUCGGGUUCUUUGUGUCAAUGGAGACGUAGCACUAGUCACAUGCAAUGAUUCUGUACACUAAACAUUUGGCUGUGGAGAAGAAUGGAAAGAACAACUAUCGCAGACUAGCGUGAAUAUUUAUGAAAUCCUGCAUCUCUAAACCCGGAAAUAUGAAAAUUCUAAAUUCGUAAUUUAUUCAGAUUUGAUUUUCAUAAUUCCAUUUAGUGUGAAGAGCGAAUAGCGAAUUUUAGAAACACUAUCAUUAUCAAAAAAAAAACCUUUUUAUUCCAUUGUCAUAGCACAUCAUGAAGAUGCCCUGAAUUCUCAAACGAUUUGUAUUUCAGGAACAACAAUAAAUGGGAUUACUAGGACUCAGGAUUCAAGAUUAGUACAGAUAGUCAGUAUACAUCAGAUAAGUGAUCUCAUGAAUGAAAAUGUUCUGACAGUGAAAAUGGGACUUCCAAUGGGGUUUUUCAUUGAAUUUAUUUUCGCUUCAUUUACUCGGUUAUGUAGGAAUACUGAUUUUACGAUCAGUCGUACUGACAAUUAUCGAAUGACAGCUUCUUGUGGAUAGGAGAUUUCGUCAAAUGGGCAGAAAGAAGGGAGUACCAUGAACAGUAUAGUAUUAGAAAGAAAAAGAAGUUAUCGCAAGUUAACAAUGCUGUGAAAAAAUGAAAUUUUUCAACUUGUUUUAUGUGUGUAUCGAUAUUUCAUAAAUUUUAAAGAUCGACAGGAUUAAAUUGAUCAAUGUACUAGCAAUCUGUAGUGCCACUUAGAUUCAACAUGCGAAGUAGAUUCAAUGGCAUAUUCUAUUCGCCCUUAUUCUGAAUAACGUCGUAUCGUUUUUUCCCUCGUAUUUCAUUUGUAUUCCCAAUAACGCUAUCAAAAUCAAAGGUAGCUAUGAUUCGAUCGUACCACAUUCGAUCGAAAAAUCAAUACGUCGUUAUUCAGAAUAGGGGCGAUUGUCUUUCCAACUUUAAUCAGUAUAAUCGUUACAUGUUUGACAUUAUUCUAACCUCGAAUAAAAAAUGAUCUGUGCUAUCCCUGAUCGCAUGUUUACCCCAUGUUCCGGGAAAUAUCGUAUGCGCACGAAAUUGAAUUGCGAUUAUGUUUAGAAUUGAUAAAUUAGUAUAUCGAGGUUGUAUGAUUUCAGCGGUUGGAUGUUUCGUAAUGCAGUCUAAUACUAAUUUUUUAUAACAAACCUAAUCUUGCUCAACUUGCUUAGGAUAGAGCCGUCAACGGUGUGAUAGUAGAAACAUCGAGACCCUUAAACAAGUGGUAUUUAACAAAUGAAAGUUUCUGAAAUUGAGGUUAUAGUAUUACGUUUGGAAAGAAGAAGAAACACACCACCCGAUAGCAUAGUUCAUAGUAGAGAUUUUUCAAUACGUUCUAUGAACAUAUAAUUUUGUUAAUUAGGCGGUCUACAAUUCUUCAAAAUAGGUGUUGUAUAUGUUUCAACAUUCAGGAAAUCGAUUUCUGGUUAUUAUAAAAUUUCCAUCUGCAAUAUCUGUAAUUAUUAAAUAGAACCUGUCUCGCCAUUGACGGCUAUAAUCUACAUCUUUUUCUAUCGAAAUUAUUCACUUUUGGCAAUAUCUACGAACGCAAAGCACAGACAUACAUAAAGCAGUAAUGUCUAAAUUUAACAUCAAGCCUACAGUGAAAAUUAACAGUUACGCAGUUUAAGCUGAAAAUCGUUAAACUUGCCUCUUUAGAGUAGAAACAAGAACAAAGGAUAUUUACAUUUGGUAGUUUCCAAACAAUUGAUGAUAUAUUAGAUAGGAUUUGGACAGGCAAGUUCCAAAUUUAUUUUUGUAAACCCUGGUAGAAUUGUCACAAUGUACACUCCCAUGAUUCUAGAGUAUUGCUAUGAACAUCUCUGUGUAGCUUUGGAGUGCAGUACUCGUACUCUGCGAAAAGAUAAGAGCUUUUUUUUCGUUAAUAAAUAUGAUAGUCCUCACAUUUACAAAAAUAGAUUUUUGGUUCAAUUUAUCCUGUGAGAUUGUCACAUGUUUGACAUUGAUAUGUAUGGCUAAUCAAAAUCAUGUAUAAGAAACCUUUACCUACUUACUAGAAAAUAAAAGAAAUAAGGGCUUCAGUAUUAUUUGAAUUGGAAAAUCAUGAAUUUAAACUUCUCGCUAAUUUUGCCAAUACUUCGCCAAUUAUUAUUCAUUUUGAAAAUUGAAAGCUAAUGAUGAAAGUGAUAAAAUUUUGACCGAUAUUCAAAAUUAGAACGUUGAGAUGGAGUAAACAGAAUUCUAAUAUGAUGUCACAAUCCAAACAAUAGCACCGCCUCGCUUAACAAUUAAUCGUCGCUUUUAUUAGCUAAACAUGUGAAAAAAGAUCCAUGUUGACGAACAAUCUAAUCAUUCCAGUAAGAUAUAACAUUUUGCAAUCCUAUGUAGUAUAUUAAAAGGAUGCUCCUAGUGAGCAAACUAACGAAAAGAAUAUUUGGCACUUAUCAUUGUUUAAGCUUGGUGUAUUUCAAUUUUGGUAAAGAAAACGAUAAGUCGACGUCCUGAGUAUACAUACUUACUAAAGAACAAUACCUUAUUUCAUGUCAAGAACUAUUAUGGUAGAAAAGUCAUCGUGAAUCCAUAUUUUUAAAUUUUUUCCAUCAAAAGACUGCCGAUUGCACAAAAUCGACUAACAAACACAAGUGUGAUUCGUUUAAUGAAAUUUAGUUCUUUCCUUGUUCUCAGGCAUGGUUCCUAAUUACGGAAAGAAAAAAUUCCAACCGGAUCGUAGUCUUAGACCUCACAGUUGUAUAUCAGAACAUACGUUGCAUCGAUUAUUUGUUCUAGUAAUUAGAAUGUGAGGGCAUCUUUAAAAUAAGCAAUACUGUUGCAUCAAACAAACAAACAAACAAACAUUUAAACAUCCGAAAAAUGCUAAAUUUCAAAUAACACUGAUUUUAUACUAUACUUUUUCGUUGAUGAGGUAGCUGAUAUUUCCCGAAGUAUUAGUAUUUUAAUUCCGAGUGAUAAGUGUCCGUACUUCAAUUAAUUUUAAUUAUAGAUUAGACUAAGUGUAACUUAGGAAACCAGAAUGAGUUGUUUAGAGAGAACAUGACUAGAAGUACGUGAUUGCUGAACGCGCGAUAUCUUAGUUUGGGUUAUCUUGUAAUGCACGUGGAUGUUGGUAAAAAAAUUACAUUGAGGUAUAAAUAUAAAUUGAAAAGAAAAA